CCGACGCUCUUGUGACUCACCGGGGCGACCUGUGCCUGACGUUCUGAUGCAACGUCCUAGUCGAGGAAGCCGCCGGUGCACGUUGGGGUGACAAGGCGGCGGGGUGUUGGAGACGAUGUCCUUGGAGGUGACCGGGCUGACUGCAGGGAUGGUACUAGCAGAGCUCUAUGUCUCGGAUCGCGAGGGAAAUGAUGCUACAGGUGAUGGAACCAAGGAGAAACCUUUUAAAACAGGCCUAAAGGCUUUGAUGACAGUAGGAAAAGAACCGUUUCCCACCAUUUACAUCGAUUCACAAAAAGAAAAUGAGAGGUGGGAUGUUAUUUCUAAAUCACAGAUGAAGAACAUUAAAAAAAUGUGGCAUAGGGAACAAAUGAAGAGUGAAUCCCGGGAAAAGAAAGAGGCGGAAGACAAUUUGCGGAGAGAAAAGAACCUGGAAGAAGCAAAGAAGAUUACCAUUAAAAAUGAUCCAAGCCUCCCAGAGCCAAAAUGUGUGAAGAUUCAUGCACUAGAAGGAUACAGAGGCCAAAGAGUAAAGGUGUUUGGCUGGGUCCACAGACUGCGUAGGCAAGGAAAGAAUUUAAUGUUUCUGGUGUUGCGGGACGGUACAGGCUACCUCCAGUGUGUCUUGUCAGAUGAUUUGUGUCAGUGUUACAAUGGAGUCGUCUUGGCCACUGAGAGUAGUGUUGCAGUGUAUGGAAUGCUAAAUCUGACCCCAGAAGGCAAACAGGCUCCCGGCGGCCAUGAGCUGAGCUGUGACUUCUGGGAACUGAUUGGGCUGGCCCCUGCUGGAGGAGCUGAUAACUUGAUUAACGAGGAGUCUGACGUGGACGUCCAGCUCAACAACCGACACAUGAUGAUCCGGGGAGAAAACAUGUCCAAGAUCCUGAAAGCACGUUCCGUGGUCACCCGGUGCUUCAGAGAUCACUUCUUUGAUAGGGGGUACUAUGAAGUUACUCCUCCAACAUUAGUGCAGACACAAGUGGAAGGAGGUGCUACGCUCUUCAAGCUCGACUACUUUGGGGAGGAGGCAUUCUUGACUCAGUCCUCUCAGUUGUACCUGGAGACCUGCAUUCCAGCUCUGGGAGAUGUAUUCUGUAUUGCACAGUCAUACCGGGCAGAACAGUCUAGAACACGAAGGCACCUGGCUGAAUACACUCACGUGGAAGCAGAAUGUCCUUUCCUGACCUUUGAGGAGCUCCUGAACCGAUUGGAGGACUUGGUUUGUGACGUGGUAGAUAGAGUCUUGAAAUCACCUGCAGCGAGCAUAGUGCGUGACCUCAACCCGAACUUCAAGCCUCCUAAACGGCCUUUUAAGCGGAUGAACUACUCAGAUGCUAUUGUGUGGCUGAAAGAACACGAUAUAAAGAAAGAAGAUGGAACUUUCUAUGAAUUUGGAGAGGAUAUUCCAGAAGCUCCUGAGAGACUGAUGACGGACACCAUUAAUGAGCCCAUCUUGCUGUGUCGAUUUCCUGUAGAGAUCAAGUCCUUCUAUAUGCAGCGAUGUCCUGAGGAUUCCCGCCUUACAGAAUCUGUUGACGUGUUGAUGCCCAAUGUUGGUGAGAUUGUGGGAGGCUCAAUGCGUAUCUGGGAUAGUGAGGAAAUACUGGCAGGUUAUAAAAGGGAAGGAAUUGACCCCACUCCCUAUUACUGGUACACAGAUCAGAGAAAAUAUGGCACAUGUCCUCAUGGAGGAUAUGGCUUGGGCUUGGAACGGUUCUUGACCUGGAUUCUGAAUAGGUAUCACAUCCGAGACGUAUGCUUGUACCCACGAUUUGUCCAGCGUUGUAAGCCGUAACUGAUUCCUCCAGAAGCAUUAAGGAAAGAAUACAGUUUAUGAAAGGAACAGACUGCCUCUUAAAAAAAACAAAAAGCCAAAAUCUUCCCUUUUUUAUUCCAUUGGUGUAUAUCCAUUUCUUUUUUCUCCCACGAAAAGCAGUCCAAAUCAUGUGAAUAUCAAGUGAUGUCGGUGUUACCAUUUUAAGAAACAAUAUCCAUCACAAAGUUUGGGGGAAUUAUAUGGCAUGUAACACUACAGUUGUAUGUCCAUUUCAGUAUUUUAUUCAAUUGUAGGUUAUAAUUUUUGCAUCAUAUAUACCACAUAUAUACUUAAACAGAUUUUAAUUAUGAUCUAAGACAUUCCAGUAACUUAAUCUUCCUGUCCUGUUAAGUGUAACUGGAAUUCUUUAAUUUAUGUCGUAUUAUUGUAUAGGUGAGUUAGAACAAACAUCUUGGGGGAAAAUCGACAAUGUGGUAUAAAAAUCUGCUAGUAUUAGAACAGUGUAAUUCAUUGAUACUGGAAUCAAAUGACAGUUUUGCAUUGGUUAUUAAUCUUUUCUAAUUCUGUAGAGCUGCUUAUAAUUCUAAAGCAUAUGAAUUGAUGUGGAGAGAUCUGUAAAAAAAAUGGGAAUUUUGCAUGAAUUCGAAAUAACAGCAAAAUUUUUUUUUUCUGUUCCUUGUAUUAGUUUAAGCUAAAAAGGCAGAGUGAUCUUCUCUUUUUCCUGGUAGUUUCUAAGUAAUUAAGAAUAAAUAAGUUCCAAAAGAAUUUGCAGCUGGAAUCUUAAUGACAACUGUAUGUGGCCGUUUGACUCUUCCUACACUGUGACUUUAGAUCUAAUCUGCUACCUUAUUAAGUCCUAGCAGGCUUAUUGAAUGGCUUCAUUUCAGAUUUAGUUAAUUUCUCUCCCAGAAUGCAUGUCAUGUAUUCUCAAUAGGCUGUAUUCCCAGCAAUCAAUAAAUGGGCACACAUAAAAACUA